AUGGUGUUGGUUCAUGAAAUUGGACAUGCUCUCGGCAUAGCACAUAGUGCUUCUCCGAAUGCUAUUAUGUUUGCCUUCUAUCAGCAUGAGAUUCGUGGUCUAGAUGUUGAUGAUAUAAAUGCAGUACAAUAUCUAUAUGGAAGAAAAAACAAAUAUGAUUCAAUCCCAAAGUCUACCACCGCAUCAGCAAUACCAAAAACAACAACAACUAUAAGAUCUACAACUUUUAUACUGGUCAAAAAAUGA